AUGCGCUUGGGGGCUCGCGUUGUUUCUCGCCAUGGGUCGAUCAAGUACUUCUCCCCAAACGAAGUUGCAACUCACAACACAAUUGAUGAUCUGUGGGUUUCAUUUUUAGGGAAGGUUUACAACCUUACGCCUCUAUGUGAACGAUACAAAGGAGAUGUGCUCUUAAAACCAAUCAUACUAGCUGCAGGGACAGACAUAUCACAUUGGUUCAACCCAAAAACGAAAGAUAUACGAACCUAUGUUGACCCUGAAACUGGCUGUACCAUUCCCUAUUGUCCAAACGGGAGGUUUGUCCAUAUUCCUCCUCCCUUCCCCUCCACGGAGUGGGCACCAGAUUUCGGCCGUCCAUGGUGGCGAGAUGACUCCUACCUUGUUGGCACACUCUCCAAGAAAACACGCAGUAUUAAAAUCAUAAACACGUUAACCUCCCAGGAACAGGUCAUAGAGGUAUGCUCAGAGGAAAACAUGGAAGAGAUUUUAGACAGGUAUCUCAAAUACAAUGCUCAUGCUGGGAGCUACACAUGGAAGUAUGACAGAGUGAAUCUUAGCAUGAAUAAGACGUUAGAAGACAAUGGAAUUCCAGACGAGGAUGAAGAUUUUUACACGCUCCGUAUGAACGAUGACACCUUUCUUCAAACAAUACAUCUGUACUUCAAUGAUGAUUUAACAGAAGCCUGAUUAUAACAAGGGCUAUUAAAACACCAAAAGGCGUUAUGUGUACAUAGGGACAAAACUGUAAAGGAUGAUGGUUGCUAAGGAUAUAUUCAUUUUGCCAUCUUGUCGUUUUGCAUAUUGCAGGCUGUAAAAUUUGUGCUACACCAUUAAAAUCAACAUGAGGAUAAAUGGAAAGAAUUGCUUACAUUAGACUUAUUGUGCGAUGGAACACUUUCCAUAUCUUAAUUACGUAAACUGAUGUGUCUCUUCCUCAAACUUUUAUGCAUUCCAAAACAUGUAUAGUGUACAUUACAUUUUAUAAGUUUUAAAAGGAUUUUUUUUUAUCACGACUAAAUGGCUCUGCAAGAUAAAGCUAUCAAAGUGAAGAGUUCUUGACCUUCUUUCAUGUGUUUUGUUGUAAAACAUUUUAUAAACAAUGUCUUUCACAAUUAAAAGAUAUCUGGGGAAAAUGUCUGAUUUGUGGAUGAAGUCUGCUCAUACAUUACAAUUGAUUGAUUUAAUAUACUGUACAGUCAAAAGGGUUAUUACUUUUGGCAAUUUCUUGCAGGUAUUGGAUACAGUUAAAAAGCACCACUGCUGAUGUGUGGGAACAGCAAAGUUUGUUCGCUCUUUGUACGGUUGCUUUGCUUUUACCAUUUCAUUUUACCGUGUAUUAUAUGUUUAUGUUUUUAAUGCCUUAUGAGUAACGAAACGUGUGAUAAGUACUCUAUGAAUGUUCUGUGUCUAAAUACAUAAAC